GCGUUAAGUCAAAUCUGAGAAUACUUAUAGAGUUACGUCCAUGCGAUGUUGCAAUUUUUGGGUCCGAAGUAUAAAGACGGUUUUCUUUGACACAGUCCGCUAAGUCUUUGCAUUCUAAACCGUUGCUAUUAAAAAGACCGUCAUCAUGCAGCCGUGUUUAGAGACCGUGUUACGCCGCACUGAGGCUCCGCUGUACUGGAUUGGUGCAGCCACCGCGGCCUGGGUGUCAUUGUGGACCUUCUACCGACUACUCUCUGGAUUUCGGAUAUGGGUGCUUGGGAAUGGGCAGAUUGUCUGUACAAAGCUUGGGAAAUGGGCCGUGGUGACUGGGGCCACAGACGGCAUUGGGAAAGCCUUUGCGGAGGAGCUCGCUCGCCGUGGCUUUGCUGUCGUCCUCAUCAGCCGCUCUCAGGAGAAGCUGGACGAUGUUUCUAAGUCAAUUGAAUCUCGGUUCAGCGUUGAGACAAGAACUAUUGCAGUGGAUUUUGAAGCUGCUGAUAUCUAUCCCAAAAUAGAGGCAGGACUAGCUGGUCUUGAGGUUGGAGUGCUGGUUAACAAUGUUGGAAUUUCAUAUUCCUACCCUGAAUUCUUCCUUAAUGUGAAUGAUCUGGACAAAUUCAUCACCAAGAUGAUAAAUGUCAACAUUACUUCGGUUUGUCAGAUGACGCGCCUGGUGCUUCCAAAGAUGUUGGACAGGUCUAAGGGUGUGAUUUUGAACAUCUCGUCGGCGAGCGCCUUGUACCCUGUGCCGCUUCUCAGCAUCUAUUCCGCCACCAAGGCUUUCGUUGACUUCUUCACACAAGGUCUCAAUGCAGAAUACAAGAGCAAAGGGAUCAUUAUUCAGAGUGUGCUGCCGUUCUAUGUGGCCACCAAGAUGUCCAAGAUCCGUAAACCUACCCUGGAUAAGCCUACCCCAGAGCGAUAUGUGGCCUCCGCAAUCAGGACCGUGGGUCUGCAGAGCCAGACCUGUGGCUACUUUCCCCAUGCCGUCUUGGCAUGGAUCUCUGCUUCCAUGAUCCCUGUGAAUUUAAUUAUGAAAUUUGCCAUGAAGCUCAACAUGGCCCAGCGUGCUCGAUACUUGAAGAAACACAAGCAGCGCUAGAGUGUUUUGAGUGGGGCUGAGAUGUGCAGCGAUGGACCUAGACCUUCUCCUGCUUCUCCUGCUUCUCCUGCCCCUGCAGGCCAUAAAGGAAGAUGAGCAGUAGUCAGUCAAUCUGAAUGUAAUGCUUGCGUGAGGUGUGCGUUUCUCUAAAUUUCAUUUGCAGUACUUUCUUAGGUUGAGGGUUAUGAACUUGUGGAGGCUGUAGGGUUUUCAGACUUUGGGUUUAAUGAUAAAGCCACUUUGAAUGCGCUGCACUUGCAUGUUAUAAUCCUUGAAAUUGUAUGACUGUCAUGUAGCAGCUACUAAUCCUCUAUGUACUUAACCGUUAAACAAUUUACUGUCCUGAUUUGUACCAGAAAUGUAUUUACUGUAGGCAAUACAACUCAUACAUGGAUCUUGUUUGCAUUUGGUUUUGGACUGCACUGCAAACGUAACGCUAGAUUUUUUUGUAGGUGGAGGAUAAUGUAUCGUACAACAUAUUGUUAGUCGGUAAAAUCCGAUGGCAGAUGAUUCCAAAAUGUGUGUUACUGUACGUAAUACACUGCAAAGGGCUUUUUUAUUUUUAAAAGCUUGCAGAUAAAUACAAGGGGACCUUUACACGCAGGAUAUCAAGUUUCCAAUGAACGGGAGAAGUUGUGGAGGAAAGGUGACUAUGGCUAACAACCUUUUUCACUUUUUUUUUCCAGUUAGAAACCUUCCCUUGUUUUAGAGUAGAUCCAAGCUAGAGAGAUUUUAAUGGUUGGAUGGGGUUGUAGGGUGAUGGACAGGGAGAGAUGCUUAGUUACUGUAAUACCUGCUGGUACUGUCCUCUGGGAUGGCCGUCUGGGUGCAGUGUACCACACAUUUGUGAAUAGCAGAAGGUGUUUGUUAUGCGUGAUGAAAUUCUAAUCUGCAGAUAUUUUUCAGUGAUUCCACAAAAAAGCAUCAUCGUUCUGUUCCAAUGAAUCACAUGUUGAACUAUUUCUAAAUGCAUAAUACGUGUUUUUUGAUACCUCUGAUGCACUGAGAUCUUACAAACCUUUUUUUCCCCUCCCUGACUGUUUAAUUUCCUUGCUGUGGACCUGUGUUUCUUUUCUGCCUCAGGGCAGUGGUGAAAUCCAAAAAAAGUACUGAAAAUAAACUAAAGAAUCUUUUGCACUUGCAUAA